AUGGCUUUUCGGCUAUUCUAUCGUUUGUUCCAUCGUACUCCCUAUCCUGACCGCGAAUCCCAUCAACGACGGGAACCAGCAGGCCAUCCACAACCAACAACGCCUUGCUCACCUUCGGCUCCGUUUCCGUUCAACAACGUUCCUAACUGGUCACGCGCUGUCUUGGAGUCGGUCGGAAUCGAUAUCUCGACGUGCCAGGUUAACGGUGACCACAAUAAAGCCCGCCAACUACCAAUAGUUCCCCCGGACUAUCGAUGUUUGGCAGAGGAUCAAGGUUAUAUAGGUUGUGAAAUCAAUCUGCAGCCUCAGAGUCUCCUCUUUUCGCGCCUGCCACUGGAAGUCCGUGAUCUCAUAUAUUUCUAUGUGCUAGGGAACCGCCGCAUUCAUGUGGACUAUGAUUUCCAUCCCCGAAAGGGACAAUGGCGAUGGUGGUACCGCAUUUGUGACGAUCCUCAGCACUGCCCUGAUAAAUCUGACCCAUUUGUUUGCCCUGAGUAUGCAGGAGCAGAGGAGGCAAUGCUGGAACUCGGGUCGAAUUCCUGGGUAAAACCAGGAUUUGAAUAUAAAUUGCAUGCAGUGAGCUGGCUGACAUGCUGCUCGAGAGCCUACCAAGAAUCCCUGGCGGUGCUAUACCGCUCUAAUUGCUUCGUCCUGACCCAUGGCAUUGAUCAGCUAUUUCGGUUUUCCCGUGUCAUGCCCAAAUUCCACCUGUCAUUGAUCACUUCAAUGAGUAUCGAAAUAGACAUCUAUCGUGUCUCCAGGGGCCCGCCGAAUAUGGAGGACAGUUUCCAGGAAUUUUACAAUGCUUUCUUUGAGAUACUAAAGUAUACCUUACCUAGCAUAAACCAUUUGCGACUCUCUAUCGUGGGCUUGCCCAACCGGGGCAACAGAGAAAUACAAUGGUUGGAGGAUAGUGAGUGGAAGUGGAUUGGGCCAUGGGAGAGUCUGUGUGAAAGCCAUGACUGGAAAUUGUUGGAGAUCGCUAUUCCCAGGACGUGGUUCUCGGACUUCGAAGACGUGGUCCAGAGAAGAAGCAAACUAGCAGAAAAUAAACGAUACAGGCUUGUGAUGGGGGUGGACCUUUAUCCCAGGGGAUGGUAA